CACGUAUCUUACUUAGAAGAAAAGAACAUGUCAACACUUGAAUCUACAAAGUUGCGAGUGAAAAGGCAGAGCAGUGGAGGUAAGUACACUGACGCAGCUAAGAUGCCUCAAGUGAAGGUGCUCCGCCUCUUCCUGCAGAUGUUCAAGAACAUGUGGGCCUCGGUAUACGUGGGGGGUGCCCAUCCCUUCCAUCACGAAGUACCCAAACCACUGGUCCAACUCUUCAAGGACAAAAUUGUGGAGUUCUUCUUCCCCCCAAUCGGAGAAGAAGCCAAAAAAGACUAA